ACUCUCAUUUCACCCCUCAUCUUCUGCAUUCAUUUGCCUGCCAUUGUUUCUAGUUUAACAUGGCAAACUUUGUCACUAGCCACCAUAAUCCGACUAUGAUUGCCGCCAUUGUGGCGGUUUUAAGCCUUUUAGUGUUGAUUCAGAAUGCAGAUGCGUAUGAAUUCAAAGUCGGCGGUUCAGGGGAGUGGAGCCUUUCGGCUUCCUACAAUCAAUGGGCCGAGAAAAAUCGAUUUCAAGUUGGUGACACGUUACUGUUCAAGUAUGACGAUGAUAAAGACUCGGUACUUGAAGUGAGCAAAGAAGAUUAUGACAACUGUAAUACCGGUAAUCCCAUUGCAAAACAUGACGAUGGUCACACGGUGAUCAGGUUGGAUCGGUCCGGGCCCCACUACUUCAUAAGUGGAGUUGCUGAUCAUUGCAAAAACAAUGAGAAAAUGCUGGUGGUGGUAAUGGCGGACCGAACCCACAAAUCACCACCAGAGUCUCCACCGUCCCCAGCUCCAUCAGGCGAAGAGUCACCAUCUCCACCAGCGGAUGAGAAACCGCCAUCUUCGUCUCCAAGUGACGCGUCUUCGGUUGUCAUGAGCCUUCUUUGCUUCAUUGGAGCAAUUGCUUGUUUUUUGAGUUGAUGAUUUGCAUAUGAAGUGUUUGUUUUUUUUUUUACUUUUUUAAUUAUUUCAAAUUAUAUGUUGCAUUUUGGUUUGUGUUGUAUUUGAUUGUCUAUUGUCUAGUAUGAAAAAUGUUUGCAUAUGAGGAAAUAAAUUGGUAUUUGUUUUGUGUGGA